UUCACCCUGGACAUGCGUAAAACGGUUCUAAUCAUUUCUAACUUUUAAUUCCCUAAUUAGUGGACAUUUUAUGGCUCCUCUGCGCUUCUUUAUAGCGAGGAAUAUUAUAGUGAGUCCAUGUAGAGGACAGGAGGAGUACUGUACAUGGUUUUUCGUUGAAGCUAUGCAGGCUAAACUAUAUCUUCUACGGAAACACGCACGUCAGAAGCUCCUUCAGUCAUCAGAGCUGCCAGUCAAGUUUAAAGGCAUACAUAAAAACGAUCCAUCCCCGUCAGCCGGACUCCACCUGUUGAUCGCCUGACAACGCACCUCCACGCUGACAGAUAUGUAACUGCAACGCAAAGCAACACUGCUGCUUGAGAUGCAGAAGGGUCAGGGUGCGGGUACGUGGCUUUAGUGCUGCUCAGAGACCCAUUACGCGUUGAUUUGUGUGCGAGGCGCGCAUCUCUCCAGAGGCGCACAGAGGCUCCGCGCUGGAUCGCUCCCGCGCCCACAUUCUGGAUCGGAAACCUGAGAAAUCGACACACGGUAGGCUGACAGCAGUCCUCUGGGAUGGAGAGCGCAGGCAGUGGCUGGGCAGCUGAGCUCACCCCCCCAUGUGUAAUGCAUGAGUUAAAUGGCAGCGACGCCGGUCAGGUCUUUGAGGUGGCGCUGCAGAACGGCUCCUCCAAGCGCAGCUCCCAGUUCGUGGGUGUGGAGCUGCUGCAGUCCUUCAAGCUGCUCAUCAUCCCCUGCUACACUCUGGUUGCUCUGGUGGGCGUCUUCGGUAACUACCUGCUCCUCUAUGUCAUCUGCCGCACGCGCAAGAUGCACAACGUCACCAACUUUUUCAUCGGGAACCUGGCCUUCUCUGACAUGCUGAUGUGUGCCACGUGUGUGCCCUUCACGCUGGCCUACGCCUUCAACCCGCACGGCUGGGUCUUUGGCCGCUUCAUGUGCUACCUGGUGUACCUCAUCCAGCCCGUGACGGUGUACGUGUCAGUCUUCACUCUCACUGCCAUUGGCGUGGACAGAUACUAUGCCACAGUUCAUCCCCUGAAAAAGCGCAUCUCGGUCUUGGCUUGCACCUACCUUCUGUCUGGGAUCUGGCUGCUGUCCUGCGGCCUGGUGGCUCCAGCUGUGGCUCACACCUACCAUGUGGAAUUUAAGAAUGAGGGCUUCACCAUCUGUGAGGAGUUCUGGAUGGGCCAGGAGCGGGAGCGGCUGGCCUACGCCUACAGCACUCUCUUCAUCACCUACGUCCUGCCUCUGUCGGCGCUCUGCAUCUCGUACCUGUGCAUCUCUGUCAAACUGCGGAACUGCGUCGUACCUGGCCACCACACCCAGAGCCAGGCGGAGGCCCAGCGCAUGCGCAAACGCAAGACCUUCCGGCUGGUGAGCCUGGUGGUGGCCGCCUUUGGCGUCUGCUGGAUGCCCAUCAGCGUGUUCAACGUGCUGCGCGACAUUGACAUUGACCUGAUUGAUAAGCGCUACUUCCUGCUCAUCCAGCUGCUCUGUCACCUGUGUGCAAUGAGCUCAUCCUGCUGUAACCCUUUCCUCUACGCCUGGCUGCACGACCGCUUCCGUGCUGAGCUCCGCAAAAUGUUCACAUGCCGCCGACGCAUUGGCAUUUCGGCCAACAACUGCGCCACAGCCAGCGUGGUUCUGUGAAGCUCCUGUGUUUUAGACUACUGCUGGUUAGUUGUUUUGGACAGUUGAGUACACUCAUCUCAUUCUGGUGCAUUCAGAAGUAGGUGUAGGUAGGUGCGAUUGCUCAGUCUGAAUGCUAGUAGCCUCAUUAUGCGCGGCAUAAUUUAGUAGCCCCAAAAUGUUGUCGGUGGUUUACCCAUACGCUUAAAAAAGAACAAAAAGUAGCAUUACACGCCUUUAACAUAUUAAACUCAUGAUGGACAGUUUGAAAAGAUCAAAACUGAUGAACCAGAAACAGAUCCACACAUUCCUCUUCCUUGUUAAAACCUGGCGCCUGCACUACCCACAAUGCAGCUCAACUGUCGACAGCUCAGCCGCAGGUUUCAGCGUGAAAGUAGUAGUGGCUAAUGUAGCCUCGAGCUGCUAGCCUCAAGCAUAUAGAGGUCGGGAAAGCUCACUUCUUUCUAACUGCACAGACUCGUCUUUGGGCCCGCCCAACACUGACUCAAGUGACAUCACUCAAGGCAACUUCUCAGAUUUUGUGCAGCUCCCUCUGGAGUCUCUAAAGCAGGCAUGUCAAACUGAUUCAAUAAAGGGCCGUGUGGCUGCAGGUGUUCGUUCCAACCAAGGAGGAGCACACCUGGCUGCAAUCAAUUAACCAGCUGAUCUCAGUCUUCAGCUGAUAACUGAGUGAUCCCUUGAUGUUGAUUGGUUGGCCUUUCCCAAAACAGCUGGGAACUGUCAUUUUCAGCGAACAGUGCUCCGGCAGAAGCAAAUAGUGAAUUUGCUGGGGACUUUUUUCAGCCGCAGAUUUGGUUCGGUAGCGAGUAUUUAUUGGCUCUGUUAUUAUAACGAGGGAUCCUGCCACUCGGUGCGACUGUGUGGCUCAUUGAUGUGUUCUUUUAAUUUUUUUGACAAUAAUGUGGUUCUAUGGCGCUGAGGAAGACUAGGACUCUAUCUGGCUUUAGUUACACAGCACUUGUUUGUAGGAUCAGUUCAUUGUUGGUUUUUGCCUUUUCAUGUCAUUUGUUCAAAAUAAGAAAAUACAGAAUAUCACUAUUGACAAAUAUACAAUAUUACAUUUGUAUUUCCACUUUCAGAGAUCACUGCCAUCUAUUUUAUUUAUUUUUAAACUGUAAGGAUCGAAAAUUUGUAAAUUUUACAAUACUGUUACAAGAGCUCAAUUUAGAUUUUUUGUGAGCCUGUUCUUAUAAUCACCCUGAAAAAAGGAAAGAAUGAUUUACGAAUUUACCACUAAUCACGUUAUCAGAAAAUAAAAACAACAUUGUCCCAUUGUUAUAGUAAAACAUGCUAUAUGUUUCCGUGGCAACACCUGCCUGUUAUUCUUGUUCUGUGACAGUAUUGUAUAUAUUAUGUAUAUACAGAACAUCUGGUAAAGGCAACAACUGAAGCUGCUAAUGCAAUAUGUAGCUUGUUUGAGCGCUUAUAAAACAAUUCUUUAGGUAAUAUUUCAUGUACAUAUGUAGGUUGGAUUUAUUUCAAAAUGUACAUAAAACAACUGUAGAUACAAUCAGGUGAAAUAAUGCGUUUAUUUCAAAUAAAACCAUAUUUUUGCUCAGCAUCACUUCUUUCAGAAGCUUUACAUCGACUGUAGUAUUAUCAUCGUGUCAGACAAACACUCAUUCUUUAAGCUCUCGCUCCAGAAAAAGAAGAGAGGUAGCCAACAACUGUCCAUCCAGCAAAUCAGACGGAGACGUCAUGAGAAAGGUUUCGAAGGCACAGGUAUGUACAUUCAGGUUAAUAUUGCUAUCGUUUCUGCCAAGACAUAAAAUAAUAUUUCAUACAAAGGCAUAUACU